GAUGAAACGUCACAGACACAUCUCCCACAAUCCUUCACUGCAUUAGCGAUCAGAAAUGGCGUCGAGGGCACCAGCUGCAACCAGCAGGCUCUUGGUGGGCUUCAGGAAAUGGUACUAUAAUGCAUGUGGUUUCAACAAACUUGGUUUGAUGCGGGAUGAUACCAUCUAUGAGGACUGUGAUGUGAAAGAGGCUGUUCGUCGGCUCCCAGAACCAGUUUACAAUGACAGGAUGUUCCGUAUGAAGAGAGCUCUGGAUCUGUCAAUGAAGCAACAGGUUCUCCCUAAGGACCAGUGGACUAAAUAUGAGGAGGACUUGCGCUACCUUGAGCCCUAUCUUGUCGAGGUUAUUCGUGAAAGGAAGGAAAGAGAAGAGUGGCUGAAAAAGUAGGGUGAACGCUAUGAGGCUGAAGCUCCGAUUUGGUGUGAUGUCUGGUGUCUUGUAUUUAAAAGAAAAUGUAUUAUGUGAUGAGUCCCAAUACUCAUUAAAAUUUCCUUUCUGACAAAA